CGUUGGCUGCUUUCCUCAGACUCUCCAAGGAGGCAGAGAUGGAAACAGGAUGAACCUGGCGGGGAGUUGCUUCACAGGAAAGUGCCUCUGGGGUGUCGUUACCCACUCGCAUCAAUACCAGAACCGACUAUUUUGGUUGGGAAGGAGACAGAGAGACUUUCAGUGUUUUGUCGAUGCUUGAGGAUUACGGACCCUGGCUGUGACGGUUUGGAUAGCUACCUACUUAUUUCUUUCAUGCCCUCCCUCUGCCAUCGCUAACGCAGUUUUUAUUAUUAUUAUUAUUAUUGUCAUUUUAUUAGCCAUACUCAAAUUCUCUCUAAAAUGUCCAAAUAGGCUUUCGCGACGGCGGUGAAGAUGUUCUUGUGGCGUCGUGCUUCGCCUCCGUCGGACGCAGGUGCGCUUAGAUUCACGAACCUGUGGCCGGGCGCUUCUCCGACACUACGCUACGAUAUUCGGAUAGCCGUUAUUUUUCGCGUUUCGCUCUAUUGCGCAUGCCCCAUGUGAGAGCCAGAAUGCUGCCCCGACGCGACUCCGCUUCGUCCUGGCCGCGAUGUAGCAGCAGCAGCAGCAGCGGAAAGUGGCGAGGAGCGGAGGACUGAAUGAGAGAGACAGAGAGGGGGGGAGAAAAAAGCAUGCGCUGGCAAAAGUGGCUUCACCAAAGGAUUUGACCCGAGAUCCUUCGCGAAAUAGACAACAGUGUCACGAAGUGAAGAAUGUCAGGGGCACCACAUGCGGAGGCUGAAGGAGUAGUCUCCAAAGUAAAAGUGAAAAAGGAGAUCAAGACCAUCGUGGAGAAUUUGGAAACCAUCCUGGGAGACCUUAAGGAUGUGGCAAAGGAGCUCAAGGAGGUUGUUCACGACAUCGACACCCUGACUGGAGACCUCCAGUUGGAGGAGGACGGACUGACCGACAGCUCGAAGACCGACACGCUCAACUCCAGCUCGAGCUCCACCACCACCACCACAACCGCGUCCAGCCUGGAGAAGAUGAAGCUCUUCCCCGAGGACUGCAUCUUCAAGACGCAGGUGCCCAUGAGUCCGGUACCCAUCCAUCAACCUGGAGUUCUGACGGUUCUCAAGAAGCCACACCCGCCACUGCCACCGCCGAGACACACGACGCUGAGAACGGAGGAACACAACAUCAAGAACCUGCCUCAUCCAACUUUGGUCUUAUCAGGGAAUAUAUCCAAGGCUAAUGGGUCUUUGUUGAGGAACGGUGGCGUUUUCCCGCUGAAACCAAAUAAGGACUUAUUCUCUUCCACUCCGUGCUUCAUUUCAGGAGAGAGCGAAAUGCAGGAAUCUGGUCUGGUUCCUACGCUGCCCAGGCCGAUGCCGCUUCUCCGGCAUGAGAAAAACAAAUGUCCCAAGGCUCCAGGCAGGGAGCACCGGGAGAGAGAGCGGGUCCGUUUCAGCGAGAAGGUCCAGUAUCAUGGCUACUGCCCAGACUGUGAUAUGCAGUACGACGUAGACGACGCAGAACUCCACUUACAGGCCGAGAUGAGCGACUUACGGCUCAGCCCGGUUCACUACUGCUCUUCCUCCCCGCCUCCUCAUCCUCUCCCUCAUCCACUGAUGUUGGAAAAUGGAGGGCUCUCAGUCAGCCACAGUUUCCCUCCAACGACACACACUCCACCACCUUGUGUGCCUCCUGACACACCUUCCCUAAAGCCCCAUAAAACAAUCCUACGCAAAACAACCACCACCACGGUUUGACUCUGAUAGGUCUCAACUCAAACAUUGUUGAAAACGAUUCCUAGUGUUUUCUACUCGAGCUGAACUUUGGAUUAUCCAAACAAAGAGAGAGGAGAGGGUUUGAAAACAGAAAAAGUGGAUAAAGCGAGAAGGAACGGCGAGAAGGGCAAUACUGAGAUGGAAAGCAGCAAGCUCAGGGAGAAGCGGAAGGAUGAGCAGCUGAGGGUGGUGGGGAGACCUAAAGCAAGGAAUCAGCCAAAGGCACAGCAAGUUCAAGAUGUAGCAGGGAAAGAGGAGCUGGUCAGAGUCGUUGGUUAGACAGAAAACCUGUUGGAGGCUGAAAAAGACCUGAGGCUGGGAUGAAGGUUCACCUUCCAACAGGAUAACAAACCCAAACUCACAUCCGGAGCUACAAUAGAAAGGUUUACAGCAGUGGUGUCCACAAGGGUCGAAAUCAUCAAGUUGAAAACACUGAAUAAACUCUGAAGACACCAUGACAAACAGCUAAUGGUUAAUGCAAGAUUAAACCCGUGUUUAUCAGAGAGAAUAUUUUGACAUUCAGUAAGUAGAAAAGCCUCUGUUUUCACAAGACAUUAUUAAAUACUCUCAUAAUUUGUAAUGAGGUUGCUCCUGUUAGCAAAAUACCACGGUUCCCUGAUCACGUCUGUGGGAGUGUUUUGCUGGGUUUUUUUGUUGUUUUUUUGUCUUUUAAAGGCUAUCUGUGUUCCAGAGCUCUAGGCUCCAAGAUAAAGUUGUAAUGGGCAGGAAGGAGGUGGAUCUCGACCGCCUCCAUUGUGAGUCAGGCCUGAAUCAACGGCACUGACCCACUCCCUCCAGCUCACCGCUCUAAUUCGUACCCCAGCUCUGUUUUUUUUUACUCUCGCUGUAUCUCUGUAUCUCCGUUUUGCGCUCACUGUUUCUUUCCUUCUUCCUUUCUAUCUUUCUUUCUUUCUUUCUUUCCUUCUUUCUUUCUUUCUUUCUUUCUCUCUUUUCCCCUUGGCUGAUGCUUCACUCCCACUCAGCAGCAUCUGUAUGCACAACAAUCUCUCUGCUUGCAUGCGUCUCCGUGUACAUGUGGGUGAGGUUGCUGUUAUCAAAGAAACAACACUUUGUGCUGCAAAAGAAGAUGUUAGUUUCUGUGUUUAAGAGUGCCUAUGGAAAGUAUUCAACCCCCUCGGGUCUGUUACCCUUUUCAUUGCUUUUAAAAUCAAUCAUGAUCGACAGCAUCUAUUUUUUAACACAAAAAAAAUCUUGUCAAACAGAAAACUGAUUACACAAAAUAAUGACAAUGAAAUAAAAUGUUGAACUUAAAAUAAGUGGCUGCAUUAACAUUCAUUCCAAUGAAGUCAGAGAAAAUAUUUGUGUUUGAUUGUCAUUAUGUUGCAGAAAUCAUUUUUUACUUAUUGGUUAUUGUUUAAAAAAAGACACAUGUUGACUACGGUUGAUUUGUAAAAGAAACAAAAGGGUAGAACAUCCAAGGAGGUGAAUUUAAGUCAAGGGCUUAUUAACUUCACUCUUAAAUUAUGAAAACUCGUAUGCAUAAAUCUGAAAUCACCUCUAAUGUCCUCUUAAUGUUACCUGUGCAGCUCCCUGUUGUAGGUCAUAACUGAUUUACUUCUGCCCAACUGCAGUCAAAUGUGUGUUUAUUAUCCUCCUACUCCUCCUGUUGUCUGAUUUGAUUUUCCAACCUGGCAAACACUCAGCGAGUAAUAAAACUCGACAGUCAGAGAGAGACCCACAUUUUGCCAGUGAAUAUUAAUUAGCAGUUGUUUCUCCGUCUGAUUGCUGCUGGUGAUAGUCCUGCGAAGAGACACGGUUGUCUGUUUGCUCGUCCUCGUUCUGCAUGCAUCAUUUACUUUGAUUUCUGUUUUCCUCAAUGAGCUACAUUUCAAUAUAAUCACAUAAAAUGAAAACGAUACGAGGAAGCGUGAAACAAAAUUAAACAAGCAAUUAUGACGCUGCAUGCCAGAGGGCUUGUGUCUGCACAGAAGAUCCUGAAUUAAAGGUUCAUUUCUAACAUAAAAUGAAGGUUAAGAGUUUUUACCGGUUUGGAUACGUAUGUCUUAAAGUCGUAUCCAUCCGUCUGGUCAUCUGUCUACAUGUCAGUCUGUCAGACUAUACAUCCAUCUAUUCCAAGCAAUCAUCUGCCCAGUUAUUUAUUUAUCCAUCCAUUUGUCCAUUGUUCUGCCAUACCUCAGGUUUUUCUAUCCAUUCAUGUGUUUGUCUAACUUCCUGCCCAUCCAACCUUCCAAUCCCUUUCUAUUAUCCACCUUUUGUUCACUGUCUCAAUAUUUUUCAAGGCAGGGGCCGCGACCCUGAGGAAGGGCUCAGAAAUCUGGGAAAUAAAAACAUUUUAUUCUAAUCAUUUUUCUCUCAUCAUCAACUCUAAUCUGUUUUUCAACCAUAAUUUAAAAAAUGAGUUGAAAUAAUUUGCUGUAACGUUAUUUGCGGAGCUCAUCUUUCUGAUUAGUUGCCAGUCAAGUUCAUCAAGCUGCUUUGCUGGGAUUUUACAACUUUUGUUGGUGCAAAAGUGAAAUCAAACUUGACUAAAAUCGAUGUUGAUUAAAUAAAAUUUGCCACAAUAUUCUGAUCAGUGCAUCUCCAUAAAUGUUGCCUUUGUGCCUUAAAAAAGAAUUUCAACCUCUGGAAAUAUUUAGUUAGUGUAAUCAUUUCAGAACAACAACACAUUCAGAUAUAAAUCUGGUGCAUGUAAGGUUUACUUUCUUACAGUUCAUUGUGUCCUCUGAGCCCAUGAGUCAAACCGAGUCAUGAUGCUGGAAAGUGAGUAGGUCAUUUGCAUAAAUUAUGACUUUAAAGGGAUACAUAUGAGGGAUACAUCAAAGCAUAAGAGUACAAAGAGCGAGCGCUAAUGGGGCAGUCAUGCAGCCACACGUGGAAGGAAGAGUCAAAGGCCAUGAUGGUCCAGUGCAACCUACAGAGAUUCGAUGGCUUAAUUUGAGGCUUUCACGCCCCUUUGAAGUGAAAACAUAGAGGGCUCAGCUGCUUCGUGUUCUGGAGAGAGAAACAUCUCAACAACUGGAUCAGAUGCAGGAGAGCAACAGUGGCCCAGAAUGUUGUCUGUCCUCGGUGACCUACUGCUCCAGACCUGACUGAAGACGACAGCUCUCUAAGAAGUGGUUGUAAUGCACAGAGGAAAACGCGUCAAAUGAUUCCCAUUCACUUUGAUAACCUGCGGAGGUGGCGCCGGGCGCCUGUGACUGGGCGGUGAUACCUUUCAUUUGGCUCUCUAUAAAAAGCAAUUGUUGUUGCUCCGACUGUCAAGUGCCUCUCCUCUGUGCAGUCAGAUAUCCACAUUAAUGUCUCCCUUUUUUUUGUUCUCCUCUGCAGGGCCCAUUGAGAUCCUUGAGCUCUGAAAGGAGUGGAUGCUGGCUUCACACUCUAAUCGACCCGGGUUGAUAAGGGAGGAAGGAGCACAAACAUCAGCCUUCUGGUGCUUGAAAGUGCUAAUGGCUCUGAACUGACAGAAGACAAUAUCCUCUUCUGAGCAUGAAACAACUUUCAGGCGACAGCUGUACAGGUGGAAAAAAAAACGACAAAAAAAAAACAUUACUCUCCAAAACAAGGCGAGGCAAGAGAGCCGGCCGCUGCGAGUGAUAUGUUUGUUCAUAAAACCGUCUAAAUUAGAUCGGACUGCUGCCCAGAAAAGUAAUGAGGCGGAUUUGGAUGAAGCCUCACAAGAUGCGGGUUGAAAUGAUGUCAAUCGGUGUUUGAUUGACGCCAACACAGACUUUUGCUCUGUCAGAUGGAAAUCAAUAGCUCCACUCAACCGAUGGAAUUUGCCUUUUAAGAAUCAUAAUUGUGCACAGAUUGCCCGACAGGCCCGCCUUGGGAGAAAAAAACAGCGUCUCUGCUGGACUGCAGAAAAGGAGAAAAUAGUAUGAUGUCAGUAUGUGCCAUAUCCCAACCCUGGACUGUUUCUGUUGCGACCAGUGUUUGGAAAUGAAUAUCGAUUUGGCCGCUGGUCUGUCCAGUCGUUAACGUCCAUCGUUUCUGUAUUUGCUCAACCGGUGCCAUGCAUCCAUGCAUACUCCACGGUUAAAAAGCAGAGAGAUUCAGUCCAAUGUGGCAAAUUACAGCUUUAAAGGAUUGUUGAGGAGGCGAUAAUUUGCAUCAAAUUUUAUUUGUGUACAAAUAUAAUUAAACAUGUUUGAUAUCUAUA